CCUGCGCGGAACCGACCGAUUAUCAGGAAGUUUGGGCGGUGGUUGUUGCGUGAGCUGUUCAGUGCGUCAGGUUUAAGUUAAAACACAACAGAGGCAUCAUGUCAAGCAAGCGGGCAAAGGGGAAGACCACCAAGAAGCGCCCUCAGCGUGCUACUUCCAAUGUCUUUGCCAUGUUUGACCAGUCACAAAUCCAGGAGUUCAAGGAGGCCUUUAACAUGAUUGAUCAGAACCGUGACGGCUUUGUGGACAAGGAAGAUUUGCAUGACAUGUUGGCGUCUCUGGGCAAGAAUCCAACAGAUGACUAUCUGGAGGCAAUGAUGAACGAAGCUCCAGGACCCAUUAACUUCACAAUGUUCCUUACUAUGUUUGGAGAGAAGCUAAAUGGAACUGACCCAGAGGACGUCAUCCGUAAUGCAUUUGCCUGCUUUGAUGAGGAAGGGACUGGCUUCAUCCAGGAAGACUAUCUGCGGGAACUUCUGACCACUAUGGGUGACAGGUUCACAGAUGAGGAAGUUGAUGAGCUUUUCAGGGAGGCUCCCAUUGACAAGAAAAACAACUUCAAUUAUGGGGAGUUCACGCGUAUCCUCAAACAUGGAGCCAAAGACAAAGAUGAUUAAACACAGAAAGCUCCUUCCUUUUCACUCUGCCUGCUCCAUAAGAGCAGGCUUAUGUAAUGCUUCUGGAGCCCUUCAGAAAGUCGCCUACAGCUCUGCUCUGUUUUUGUGUGUGUUUAGUUAAAGGUGCACUCAGGGGAGAAAUGUCUAGAUUAAAACCAGUUCAUUCAACAUGUUGGGAUAAAUAUUUUGGUCAGAGAGCUGCCACCCCCUUUUAAAUGCUGAAUGAGUCCGAUUUUAGACCUUGCAUGGUUAUGUUCACUGGUGAAUGUGUCAUCCAGUGGAGUUAGUUUAGCACUGUUCAAUUUACACCCAAUUACUUUGAAAUACAUGUUUAGUUAGGUUUUGUCUGUGAGAUGAAGAUUUGAUUAAUCAAGAGGUAACUAUCAGCUUGUAUAAAUUGAGUCUUUCUAGGUUUCUUUCCCCAAAAGUGUACCUUUUAUUUUCAGUCAGCAUAUAUGCACCUCUACCAGUCCCAGGCCUCCAAAAGGUCCUGUUUCUCGGUGUUUAAAAACUGUUCAAAUGUGAAAUUGUGUCGAGAUGCUACAGUGACCUUUUCCUGAAAUGGCCUCAAGUGGAAUUUUUACAUUUUAUAAUAAAUAUGAACAUUUUUGAAUAAACUCAUGUUCUUGUUCCACC